CUUUUAUUACUUUUUUUAAGCUUAAAAUUUUACUCAAUAAGUAAUUCAAUAGUAGUUGUUAACUCAUAUAAUAAAAAUGCCUGGUGAUGUGUGGCAAAUCACCAGAAAAUGCAAACUAAGCUUGCUUCUCCAUUCACCGUUUAAGCAAUAUCAGCAAGUGAUAAGAACAAUUACUGAGGAAUACUCCAUCCUUCGGCAUGAUGCCCUCAAUCUUGCACUAUAUUCUGUCUGCUUUUGGACUGAGGGUGGUUAUAGAGAAAAUGAAUCGUACUCAAGCGUUAUGGAGCCGACUUUUUGGUCUCACUGCUACCGAACUGUGGCAUUAGGUGAAGGACAUGUAUCUCGAACUGUAAUACCACCUAUAUCCCUUUUUAUAUGGAUACCCAUCUAAAUUCCGUUUGAAUAGGACUUCAACGACUGUGUCAGCCACCAAUAUUGCCUAAUUUGACAUGACAAGAAGAAAUCCAGGAAAUGGUGAAUAUUUGUAUAACAUUCCCGAACUUGAUAGAAUUCAUGGAUGCCUUGCUACCGCAUUUACAACAGAUUUAUUACCAGUAAAUAAAUUUUGAUAAUAAGCAUAUUAAAUGUGUAUAUGCAAAACGACCCUUUAACUCCUUGAUUUUUUAUGCAAAGACGUUGGACUACAUCUAACUAGAAAUGUAAAACGAAAUAUAUACGCCGUUUUCAAAGGGUUUUUUUAUUACUUAUCAAUCAAGAUAUCUACCAAGCCUUAACAUUAAAAAUAUGGGUAAACGCAUAAUGCUACUUCAAGUACACUAG